AUGGUUUGGAACAACUGGUUGGCUCUGAAGCGCCUCCGGCGAGCGAUCCAGAAGGUGAGGUUCCUGCUGAACAUCAAUCUGAAUCGGUUCAGGUUGUCCGCCGCCGCUAUCCGAACGUUGAGCAGAAGGAACCUUAGCUUACCCAAGUCCCCGGCCGGCCUGCUUGAAGCGGCGGACUUCGACGACGAAGCAAGCGCGCAAGACCAGUGCUUUUCAAGGACGAUCAGUGGGUGCUCGGAGGAUAUCGACCAGAAAGCAGAGGAUUUCAUCGCGAGAUUUUACAGCCACAUUCAGAUGGAGCGCCAGGUUUCUCUGGAGCUGCGCUAUUGCAACCGCACUCUGGAGAGAACGUGGUCGGAUUAUUCGCCUUAG